CCAAAACCGCUCUUAAGUGAAAGACCAAGCAAAUAUUCAACCCUCUUCCUCCUUCUGUCACUGAAACCCGAACUGCUUUAGAUUCAUCAUCUCUUUCUUCCGUUCGUCUCUUGGUGGAUUUGUUAUCAGUUAUGGUUUUUGGUAGUUCUCCGGCAUGAUUCAUUCUGUUUCCCGUAGUCAAAUCAUGGAUAAUCAAGUUGAAAAGAUCUAUAUCGCCGUUGGGAGCGAUAUAAACGAAGGAUUAGGAACAUUGGAAUGGGCAAUUAAAAAAUGGUCUGGACAAACAAUCAGCUUCGUCAUUGUUCAUGUCGAUAAUACUUUCAGAGAUUUCAUUAACACCCCAUUUGGAAAGCUUCCUGCAAGUUCUAUAAAGGAAGAAAAGUUCAAGAUUGUUAGGAUGUUAGAACAGGAGAAGAUUGAUAAAACGUUGUCCAAGUUCAAGGCUUUCUGCCACGGCAAGCGAAAUCAGAAGUACUAAAAAUUGAGAAAUCAGAAGAACCAAUUCAUAAGGAAAUGAAGGGGACUCACCAUCUUCAAGCUUCUUCUCCUUCUCCUUCGGUUCAGCGACAAUGGCAGAGGACAAGCAGUUCGGGUUUCAGAGGCAAAGAAAGAGGAAGAGAGCUGAAUAUUUGCUUGGCCUUUCGCUUACGGGCAAUUUCAGCAUUACAAGGGGGUAUUUUGGGCAGGAAAAAAAAAUAUAACCUAACUUAACCGUCAAAUCUAAUGGUUGGGGUCGUUAGAAUAAAUCUUUUUCUUGUAGGGGAGGUGAGUGAUAUCUUAAGAAAGGCAUGGGAUUAAGUAGAUAUUACCCUUAAUAUAAAAUGUCAAUUUGAUUCUCCUAACUUAAUAGGACCAUGGUUAUUAAAUUC